AUGGCUAUGGAAGUUACACAGAUCCUCUUAAAUGCUCAAGCAGUGGAUGCUUCUUUAAGGAAGCAAGCUGAAGAUAACUUGAAACAGUUCCAGGAGCAGAAUCUUCCAAGUUUCUUGUUUUCUCUUGCUGGAGAAUUGGCAAAUGAUGAGAAGCCUUCUGAGAGUAGGAGGCUAGCAGGGUUAAUUCUCAAGAACGCUUUGGAUUCCAAAGAACAACACAAAAAGAUUGAAUUUGUUCAAAGAUGGCUGGCUAUGGAUCCAACUUUUAAAGCACAAGUUAAAGCAUUUUUGUUGAGGACCCUAUCUUCUCCUUCUCCAGAUGCUCGAUCAACUGCAUCUCAAGUUAUAGCAAAAGUUGCUGGCAUUGAAUUACCCCACAAGCAAUGGCCUGAGUUGAUAGGAUCCCUCUUGUCAAAUGCUCAUCAGCUUCCUGCUCCUACUAGGCAGGCAACUCUCGAGACCCUUGGAUACAUUUGCGAAGAAGUAUCCCCCGAUGUGGUAGAGCAGGAUCAUGUAAAUAAGAUACUCACUGCAGUUGUUCAGGGAAUGAACUCUACAGAAGAAAACAAUGACGUUAGGCUUGCUGCUAUACAGGCAUUGUACAAUGCAUUGGGUUUUGCUCAGGCAAAUUUUUCCAAUGAUAUGGAGCGCGACUACAUAAUGAGAAUUGUUUGUGAAGCCACUCUCUCCCCUGAAAUAAAGAUCAGACGUGCUGCUUUUGAAUGCUUGGUUGCUAUUUCUUCUACAUAUUAUGAAAAGUUAGCUCCUUAUAUCCAAGAUAUCUUCACCAUCACCGCCAAAGCUGUUAGGGAAGAUGAAGAGCCCGUUGCACUUCAGGCAAUUGAGUUUUGGAGUUCAAUUUGUGAUGAAGAAAUAGAUAUUUUAGAAGAAUAUGGAGGUGAAUUUAGUGGAGAUUCAGAUGUUCCUUGCUCUUAUUUUAUAAAGCACGCUCUUCCAUUUCUUAUUCCCAUGUUAUUGGAAACACUUCUGAAACAAGAGGAAGAUCAGGAUCAAGAUGAAGGAGCUUGGAACAUUGCCAUGGCUGGUGGUACAUGCUUGGGAUUGGUUGCACGGACAGUCGGCGAUGAUAUUGUGCCUCUGGUUAUGCCAUUUAUUGAAGAGAAUAUAACUAAACCAGAUUGGAGGCAAAGGGAAGCUGCAACUUAUGCAUUUGGUUCCAUUCUUGAAGGACCUUCCCCUGAAAAGCUUGUGCCACUUGUGAAUAUGGCUUUGAGCUUCAUGCUCAAUGCACUGACAAAGGACCCAAACAAUCAUGUGAAGGACACCACUGCAUGGACUCUUGGGCGAAUGUUUGAAUUUUUGCAUGGGUCAGCUUUGGAUACUCCCAUUAUCAAUCAAGGAAACUGUCAACAAAUUAUUAAUGUCCUCCUUCACAGCAUGAAAGAUGUUCCAAAUGUUGCUGAGAAGGCCUGUGGCGCUCUUUAUUUCCUUGCUCAAGGUUAUGAGGAUGCUGGAUCUGCGUCCUCUCCAUUGACCCCCUUCUUUCAGGAUAUUGUCCAGUCUCUUCUCACUGUUACUCACAGAGAGGAUACUGGAGAGUCCCGUCUCAGAACAGCAGCAUAUGAAGCUCUGAAUGAAGUAGUGAGGUGUUCUAAUGAUGAUACAGCUCCAAUGGUCGCCCAACUGGUUACUGUCAUCAUGAUGGAGCUUCACCAGACUCUUGAGAAUCAGAAGGUCUCAUCUGAUGAUAGGCAGAAUGAAUUACAAGGCCUUCUAUGUGGUUGCUUGCAAGUAAUCAUACAGAAGUUAGGUGCGUCAGAUCCAACAAAGCAUCAUUUAAUGCAGUAUGCUGACCAAAUUAUGGGUUUGUUCUUGAGAGUAUUUGCUUCUCGUAGUGCAACGGCGCAUGAAGAGGCAAUGCUUGCCAUUGGUGCUUUGGCUUAUGCAACUGGCACUGAGUUUGUUAAAUACAUGCAAGAAUUUUACAGGUAUUUGGAGUUGGGUCUCCAAAAUUUUGAGGACUACCAGGUUUGUGCUAUCACAGUGGGUGUGGUAGGUGAUGUAAGCAGGGCUUUGGAGGAGAAAAUACUGCCUUAUUGUGAUGGGAUAAUGACCCAACUCCUCAAGGAUUUGUCAAGUAAUCAGUUGCAUAGGUCUGUAAAGCCUCCGAUUUUUUCAUGUUUUGGCGACAUUGCUUUGGCGAUUGGUGAAAAUUUUGAAAAGUAUUUGUUAUAUGCUAUGCCUAUGCUCCAGAGUGCUGCUGAGCUCUCUGCUCAUACCGCUGGGGCAGAUGAUGAUAUGACCGAGUACACUAACACUUUAAGAAAUGGAAUCCUUGAGGCAUACUCUGGGAUCUUCCAAGGAUUCAAAGGUUCCCCAAAGACACAGCUCCUGAUGCCUUAUGCUCCUCAUGUAUUGCAGUUCCUGGACAGUUUGUACUUGGAGAAGGACAUGGAUGAUGUUGUGACCAAGACAGCAAUUGGCGUGCUUGGAGAUUUAGCAGAUACUUUAGGUGGAGCUGCUGGUCCUUUGAUUCAGCAGUCUGUAUCUAGCAAAGACUUUCUGAAAGAGUGCUUAUCAUCUGAUGAUCACUUGAUCAAGGAAUCUGCGGAAUGGGCCAAGUUGACACUCAGCCGAGCAAUAUCAUUACCAUCAUAUUGA